CCUCUUUAAAUUGAAUCAGCGUGUUUACGUUUAAGUAGCCUUAAGUAGCUACAGUGCCCCAUCUUAAAAGAAGGUAACAGAAAUACCUACAAACAUACCUACAAAUAAAAGGUUUUUGUAGGUAGUAGUUUAUAGUUUUAUUUGGAAAUACUGAUUGAUUGAUUUUUUGAAAUGGGAUAGUUGGUAUUAAUGAACAUUUACAUGUGUAUAUACGAGAGAUUAAAGCCUAAUUUCUAUCUCGAGCCCCAUAAGCAGGUGAAACAUAAAAUAAUUGUAACUAACAUAACUGAACAAAAACUUACAAAGGAAAAGUAAGCAUGCAACAUGCAACUACGGAUAGUGCAAAGACAAGAGCUGGGUGACCAAGGCAUGUUACCAAGCAUUAAUUAAUUAAAAUGUGCACAUGAUUGUUUGGUUAAUAUCCCUUUGUUGCUAUUCUAUGCUGUUCUACUACACAUGCCCUUCUGCCACUAUUACACAAGAUGUCACAGUAUUACACAUGAUUGUAAAUGUAAAAAAAUACCUAUCUUUGUAGUGCCCCCUUGUGCUAGAACCGAGAACAUCUUUUAGUGCCUUUUACGUGUGGAACACUGUUCAGUUCACCGUUUUUAUGCGAUGUGGAAAAUCCUCGCAUUUUGUGAAGAGUGCGUUGUGUUUGUUAACUUUAAUUUGUUUGGCUACUGUCGCUGGCUAUCUGUGUGCAGAACUGCUUCCAUGUUCUGCAAUUUUGAAUAAAGCUUUAUUACAAGCUACUGUUGUUAAAACAUCUAUUAACACAUGCUGUGAGACGGCGGCUUGGUGGAUCAAAUCUAACAAUAGUUCAAAAGAAAUCUCUUACUUUCUAAAGCUUGAACAUCUCCUGUGCUGCCCCUUUAAAUCCGAAGCCACGCCCCCUUCGGUGAGCCGCGUCAUCACAAAUCUCAAACAAACAUGGCGACGCUCUGCAGCUCCGCGGCUUUUCUCGCACUUUUUUCGUUGUUUGCAGCGGGUUUUGUGGGGUGUUAUGUGACAGACUCUAGCGUAACGUGUCCGGCUGUGUCUCUCGCUGUCGUCACCGGGCUGUUGUCGCUGUGGUGGCGGAGCUUGCGGCAGCGGGACGGCGGAACUGACCGGCGGGUGUGUGUGCUGGUGUUGGGGGACAUUGGUCGCAGUCCUCGGAUGCAGUAUCACUCCUUGUCCCUCAGCAGACAUGGAUAUCAUGUCACCUUUGUGGGAUUUUUAGACACUAAGCCUCAUCAAGACGUGCUGAAUGAGAAGAAAAUCAAGAUUGUCCCCAUUGCAGAAGUGAGAGGUGUUCGAGUCGGUCCCAAAAUCCUCACGUACGUAACGAAGGUGAUCGUUCAGUCGCUGCAGCUUCUUCAUGUGCUGUUGUCCAUGGAGCUCCAGUCUCAUAUUCUAAUGCAGAAUCCUCCUGGGUUGCCUAGUAUUGCUGUGGCCUGGCUCGUGUGCGUUCUGCGCGGCAGCAGCUUUGUUAUCGACUGGCACAACUACGGCUACACCAUCAUGGCGCUGAGCCAUGGUCCGACACAUCCUGUCGUCCGACUGGCAAAGUGGUAUGAGCACAUCUUCGGGCCUCUGGCCACCCACAACCUGUGCGUUACCAACGCGAUGAAGGACGACUUGCAGAAAAACUGGGGCAUCAAGGCGACAACUCUGUACGACCGACCCGCCUCCAUCUUCAGGGAGGCUCCUGUGAAGUUGCAGCACGAGCUCUUCAUGAGGCUGGCCGACACUUAUCCUGAGUUCAAGCACACGGCAUCUGAGGAUCCAGAGGUGGAGGCAGAGGGAACUGUGUUCUCAGUUCGUGACCCCACUGACGGCUCCGUGGCGUUGAGAGCAGAGCGACCUGCGCUGCUGCUCAGCAGCACCAGCUGGACAGAGGAUGAAGACUUUUCCGUCCUGCUUAAGGCUCUUGAAGUGUAUGAAGGUUUCAUUAAAGGAGGAGCAGUGUUACCGUCGUUAGUCUGCGUGAUCACAGGUAAAGGUCCUCAGAAGGAAUACUACAAGAAGCUCAUUGACUCGCUGCAUUUGGAGCACGUGAAGAUCUGCACUCCCUGGCUGGAGGCAGAAGACUACCCUGUCUUAUUAGGUUCAGCAGAUCUCGGUGUUUGUCUCCACAUGUCGUCCAGUGGUCUGGAUCUGCCCAUGAAGGUGGUGGACAUGUUCGGCUGCUGCCUUCCCGUCUGCGCCAUCCACUUCAACUGUUUACAUGAGCUGGUGAAGCACGAGGAGAACGGACUGACCUUCAAAGACUCUCUGGAGCUAGCUGAGCAGCUCAAGUCUCUCCUGUCGGAGUUCCCCAGUUCAGAUGGCAGAUUGGCUGCAUUCAGAAGGAACAUCCGCACCAGCAGAGGGCAGCGCUGGGACGACAACUGGGACCAGAACGUCCUGCCUUUGAUCGCUGGUCCGAGAUGAAAUACACAUGUAUCAAUAGAGCGGGAAACAGGGCCACCACAGAGACCUUUUUAAAACUGUUGACACCUCUGACUAGGUCGGGGUUUACACUCACUAAUGAGCAUGUGCAGUUACCAAGAAUACACUUUUUUUUUUUUUUUUACAUUCCUGCUGUUUUGUCCUGCUUCACUUGAAUGUAUAAAAGACACUUUGAUACGUUGUACAUUUGUAAAUAAAAACUUUAUUGUGCUACA